AUGGCUUCCAACGGCACUUCCAAUGUCUCCGCUACUGGCUUCGAGGUCACCCGCCCUGGCCGUCUCGCGGCAAAGACUGCGUUCAUUACCGGAGCUGCCGGCGGCAUCGGUCUAGAGACCACUGUCCUCUUCCUUCGUGAAGGUGCAUCUGUGAUCAUGUCCGACAUCUCGCGGCCAGCUCUUGACGCUGCGCUCGCCAAGCUUUCAUCCAUUGUGCCUUCUCACCCAGGUCAAGUCAAGAUCGUCGAAUGCGAUGUCUCCAAGGAGGCCUCUGUUGAAGCCGCCAUCGCAGCCGCUGACGAAUGGGGCGGUGUCGACAUCGUGUUCAAUAACGCCGGGAUCAUGCACGCCCUCGACGCAGACGCCGUUGACACCACCGACAAGAUCUGGGACCUCACCCACAACAUCAACGUCAAGGGUGUCUGGUACGGCUGCAAGCACGCCGUGCUCUCGAUGCGCAAGCAUGGCAAAACAAAAGGCAGCGUCAUCAACACCGCGAGCUUCGUCGCCCUCAUGGGCGCCGCCACACCGCAGCUGGCGUACACGGCCUCCAAAGGAGCCGUUCUGGCCAUGACGCGCGAGCUUGCCAUGGUGCACGCACGCGAGAACAUCCGCUUCAAUUCUCUCUGCCCUGGCCCACUCAACACACCCCUCCUUCAGGACUGGUUGGGCGACGACCUGCCGAAGCGUCACCGCCGCGAGGUGCAUUUCCCAUCCGGUCGCUUUGGUGAGGCGGUCGAGCAGGCCCAGGCCGUACUCUUCUUGGCUAGCGAUGAGAGCAGCUUUGUCAACGCGGCCGACUUUGUUGUCGAUGGCGGCCUCAGCAAGGCAUAUGUCACGGCCGAAGGGCCAGCUCCACCCGCACCCAAGAACAACGUUGUCUAA